GGCUGGCGGGAGCGAUGCAAUUAUGCAACUCCUUUAUCUAAUGAGAAAAUUUUAAUUAAUUUUCUCUUUAAUUAUUUCUCGGGAAGGAAUACCUUCGCUGGCGGGUGCGUUUCCGCGGCAAAGAAUUGUGGGGCGCAAAGGUAAUCGAGGAAUCGAAGUUGUUUUUGCCUUAAUUGUCGAGAAGUUUCGAUAAAUUUCGCUGCCGACGGAAAGAUAUCUCGUUUCUGCCUCAAUCUGCUUCGGAUUUUGCCUCUUUCUGGGAAGGGAUAUUUGGGUUACUCCGAGGGGAAUUAUGGUUGGUCAAAUGUGGUUCGUUCUUGGGUAAUCUGAGGAUCAAGCUGAGGAUGGAGGAAGGGAAUUAUGCGACCGAUGGCAUGGGUUUUCAGGGGAGGACAGGUGGGGCGUUGGUCGGGUUGGGUGCUCGGGCUCUUUUCUACCCGACUUUGUUCUACAACGUCGUUCGAAACAAGAUACAGGCGGAAUUCCGGUGGUGGGACGAGGUCGAUGAGUUUCUCUUGUUAGGUGCUGUCCCUUUUCCAAAAGAUGUUCCUCGUUUGAAAGAGCUGGGCGUUGGAGGUGUCAUCACUCUCAAUGAGCCAUAUGAAACUCUAGUACCUACUUCUUUGUAUAAGGAUCACGGUAUCAAACACUUGGAGAUUCCAACAAGAGAUUAUCUUUUUGCUCCUUCGUAUGCUAACAUCUGUCGAGCAGUAGAUUUCAUUCAUAAUUAUGCCUCAUGUGGUAUGACCACCUAUGUUCACUGUAAAGCUGGGCGAGGAAGGAGUACAACAGUUGUUCUCUGCUACUUGAUGGCAUAUAAGAAUAUGACACCUGAUACUGCGCUUGCAUUUGUUCGAUCAAGUAGACCACGAGUUCUAUUAGCCCGAUCUCAAUGGCAGGCUGUUCAAGAAUUUGGGAUGCGCAGAUCCAGACCACUUUUAGUGAUGCCAACUCAAUUAUCUUAUGGUAAUGAUGAUGAUGAAAAUUCCCUCGUCCUUGUAACAUUGGAAGAUAUUGAAGGGUACAGUCCUAGCAGUAGCAGUUCAAAAUCUUGGGAAGCACUAAGAACAGCUUGCAAGGUUCAGGUAGCAGCUGCAAGAGGUGUCAUGCGGAUGGUUCGAGCAUCUGCAGAGUUAGCAAGAUUUUCUUGUAUUCUUUUUGCAGAGACCAAGUUGUUGACAGGAAAGCUUAGAAUGAAUUGUGCACCCGUGGAAGCCUCCAAAUGCCUUCUACCCUCUAGUGGUCAGUUGCCAGAGACAGGUUUGGAGAUUGUUGUGUGCUAGUGUGCAGCUUGUGUGUGCUUUACCAUGGCAUUAAUGUAGAAGAGAGAUCUCUCUCUUCAAACUUCAUCAUCGUUGAAAGCUUACUGUGUAUAGAAAAUGUGUACAUUAAACAAGUUUGUAUAUAUUACUAUUUGUCUGUAAGAACAAGUCUGUAGAUAUCCCGUGACAUCUGUAGACUAGUUUGGAGCUUGACAAAGAUUUUCAUCAUAGCAUA